CCUUUUUCUUAUUUUUCUUCUUCUUCCUUCCUCCUUAGGUAGAAAAGCAAAGAUUCCCGCUGACUCCGUCUCUCUCUCUCUCUCUCUCUCUCUGCGCUGGAAAAAAAGAUAGAAGCCGCAGAUUAUUCGUCUCCUCUCUCUCGGCGAAGGUAUGGCGUCGUCUUCAGCUUCGGCUACGGUGGCGGUUGAUAAAGCAACGAGCGAUCUUCUUCUAGGUCCUGAUUGGACCACCAACAUGGAAAUCUGCGAUUCCGUCAAUUCUCUUCACUGGCAAGCGAAGGAUGUGGUUAAAGCUUUGAAAAAGAGGCUGCAGCAUAAGAGUCCGAGAGUUCAGCAACUUGCACUCACGCUUUUGGAGGCGUUGGUGAAGAACUGUGGAGAUUACUUGCACCAUCAAGUUGCAGAGAAGAACAUAUUGGGGGAAAUGGUCAAGAUUGUUAAGAAGAAGGCGGAUAUGCAAGUGAGGGAUAAAAUAUUGGUCAUGCUGGACUCUUGGCAGCAGGCUUUUGGAGGUCCAGAGGGAAAGUAUCCUCAUUAUUAUUGGGCUUACGAUGAGUUAAGGCGUUCUGGAGUCGUCUUCCCUCAGCGUUCACCUGAUGCGUCCCCUAUAAUAACUCCACAAGUGAGUCAUCCAGCGGUAAGACAGCCUCAGGGGGCUUAUGGAUCACCGCAAGCUGGUUAUGGAGUACCGUAUGCUGCUUAUGGAGCACCGCAAGCUGGUUAUGGACCACCUCAAGCUGGUUAUGGAGUACCACCUCAAGCAGGUUAUGGAAUGCCUCAAGCAGGUUAUGGAAUACCUCAAGUGGGUUACGGAAUGCCCAGUGGUUCCUCUAGAAGGCUUGAUGAGGCAAUGGCAAGUGAGGUUGAGGGCUUAAGCUUGUCAAGUAUCGAGGCCAUGAGGGACGUGAUGGAUCUCUUGGGCGACAUGCUAAGCGCUGUGGAUACCAGUGACCGUCAGGCUGUGAAAGAUGAGGUCAUUGUUGAUUUGGUCGAGCGUUGUCGUUCUAAUCAGAAAAAGCUGAUGCAGAUGCUAACCACCACUGUUGAUGAUGAACUUUUAGGCCGGGGACUCGAUCUAAAUGACAGUCUUCAAAUUCUGCUAGCUAGACAUGACGCAAUAGCUUCUGGUUCUCCUCUGCCAGUUCUAGCUUUAAAACCCGCUGAUUCGAGCCCAAAAUCUUCUGAAGCUAAAGAUUCUAGCUCCAUAGCUGGUUCUAGUUCCCCAGUACCCGCCACUGUUUCUACGGGGAAAAGCCCAGUUGAUGAGGAAGACGAGGAGGAAGAUGAGUUUGCGCAAUUAGCUCGAAGGCACUCUAAAACACCAGCAUCUGUGACUACAGACCCAGCCAGUUCAGAGUCUCAUAAUGCUCUUGCUCUUGCUCUGCCUGACCCGCCGCCUCCAGUUAACACCACAAGGGAACAAGACAUGAUUGACUUAUUGAGUUUGACAUUGACGUCAACUCCUCCACCUCCAUCCUCUCAACCUGCUCAUCCUCCCACUGUCUCAGAUCAAAACACCCAUCUCUAUCCGCAGGCUGUGCCACAGUUUGAGAGCUAUGUCGCUCCUUGGGCACAACCCCAGCAACCUCAACAGCAACAGCCUCAAACACAUCAGAGCUAUUCUCAGCCACAACAUCCUCAAACACAGCAGGGUUAUUCUCAACCACAACAGCAUCAAGCACAUCAUAGCUAUUCUCAACCCCAACAACAACAGCCUCAAGCACAGCAGGGUUAUACUCAACCACAACAGCCUCAAACACAACAAGGUUAUUCUCAACCGCAACAGCCUCAAACACAGCAGGGAUAUUCUCAACCGCAACAGAUUCAAACACAGCAGGGCUAUUCUCAUCCGCAGCAACAGAUUCAAACACAUCAAGGCUAUUCUCAACCACAACAGACUCAAACACAGCAGGGCACUCAUCCGCAGCAGCAAGCUCAGUUCCAGCAGAUGCAACCGCAAGCUAGACAUCAGAGUCCAUUUGAAUAUCCGCCUCCGCCAUGGGCUUCAACAUCAGCGAAUGCAUACUACACUCCACGGGCUAACGCGACUGCGUCAUACACAGAGACAAGUGCCGGGAGAACACUGCAGCAGUCCAACUCAUUCCCCGCGAGAGGCGGAGACCCCCAGGCUACCUCAGCUGCAAGCAAUCCAGGUGUCUCUGGAGGACAGAAGCCGUUUGUGCCAUCGUACAGAUUGUUCGAAGAUCUGGAUGUGUUUGGUAGCACAGAGGGGAAGCACAAUAAUAAGUCUACCAACAGUAAUAAUGCUUCUCAGGCGCAGCAGAGUAUGAUAGGAGGGAGGAAAAUGAUUUAACAUAAGUUUGCAUGCUUCGUUAUUUUCUCAUUUGUGAAUAUAAUGGUGUACAACUGAAUGUACAUUUUAUUUUUCCCUCGUUUUUUUUAUCUUGUUUGAUUUUAGGAUUUGGUAUGACAUACUGAAACGAUUUGAUGAGACCAUGAGAUUUUUUUUGUCUUUUCUAUCUUCUUUAUCCUUUUGUUGA